CACACACUCAAACCCUCCUCCAGCCCCACCGCCUCCACCAUGGCCGCAUCCACCCUGUCUGUCUGCUCCAGCGACCUGAGCUACAACUGUCCAGAGAGCUGCUGCGAGCCCCCCUGCUGUGCCCCCAGCUGCUGCGCCCCGGCCCCCAGCCUGACCCUCCUCUGUGCCCCAGUGAGCUGCGAGUCCAGCCCCUGCUGCCAAACCUCCUGCUGCACCUCCUCCCUCUGCCCGCAGGCCUGCUGUGAGCACGUCUGCUGCAGGCCCGUCUGCUGCACGUCUGUCUGUUGCACACCUGUCUGCUGCAGGCCCGUGUGCUGUGAGCCCGUCUGCUGCAGACCUGUCUGCUGCAGGCCUGUCUGCUGCAGGCCUGUCUGCUGUGAGUCCUCCCCCUGCUCAGCCUCCUUGUGCUGCCAGCCCAACCCCUGCUCCUCGGUCAGUUGCAGACCCUCCUCCUCCGUGUCCCUGCUCUGCCGUCCUGUGUGCCGCCCCGCCUGCUGCGUGCCCGCCUCCUCCUGCUGCGUGCCCGCCUCCUCCUGCCAGCCCAGCUGCUGCCGCCCGGCCUCCUCUGUGUCCCUGCUCUGCCGGCCCGCAUGCUCCCGCCCUGCUUGCUGCCUCCCAACCUUGGCCCCGGAGCCCUGUUGCUGACCUGGCACAUUGCCAACUCCUUCCAGGGCCAAUGCUGACUUUCACCUGAAACUUCUGUAGCCUUGAGCCCAGUCUGGGGUCUCCUUCUGCCCCAGAAUUUCCUGUUAGCAGCCUGGGCUGGCUCCUGGUUCCCUCCAGGCCCUGAGAUUCAGCCAGCAUCCUGCUCUCCAUCCUUGUUGGUCAUGAUUUUGUCCUGACCUAGGUGAGGGGUCUGCCUGUUAACAAAUAA